CAAACCAUCACGCUUGAACGCAUCACAGCAAGGACUACCCAGAAGCAUGAUAAAAAUCAUCUUGAGCCGUUUAAGCCGCCAUUUACGACAAUGGAACCGGGACCGGAACUGGUGGGUGCUCCCCUCAGCAACGAUGACCGGGAGCGACCAAAAGGCUUGUGGACAAACAAGUCUACAUGCAUAAUAAACCCUGCGAUUAUUGGAAUCGGUAAGUUUGGAUCUACCAAGUAAGCGACAAGGAGUAUCAAAUAGUUAUGCUAACCUCGUCCUCCAACCAUUCUCAC